CCCCGAUCAACAACGUCCCCAGCCUGGCCAUGAAGAGUCGGCUCCACACAGGCCUGUGGAGAUACUCGGGCGCUCGGCUGUACUCGAGAGCGUCCCGGCAGAGUGCUCCCCUCGCCAUUCAGGAAAGAUGGACCCGCCAUCUGAAUCAAGCACCUCCCGCUGUCGUUGCCCAGCUCGCCUCCCUGAUCGAGCAGCAAGCACCAACGACUCAACCGCCAAGACCUCCCACCGCUCAUACGGGCAGAUCGCAUCUGGAGCCGCCGCGGGCCGUCUCCUUGACUUCGCUGUUUGCUUCUUCGUCAGCCACAGGUGCAUCCGACUCGACAACGCAGUUGCUCUUUAGCCUCAAGAACAUCGAUGCGUCAUUCACUCGCUCGCUUGCCCGCCUGUUCCCCUCCGACCAGGAGCGUGCGAUGAUUAUGGAGCUCUACCAUGCCCUGCUCAUGCAAGGCGCAGCUUUCGAUCCGCAGUCCCUGCUGGACUUGUGCGCCUUUGCACUCCCAAGUGGUCUCUCCAUCGACCGGCAUCAGCUGGUUCGGUCCUGGCGGUCGUUCUCCAGUCUCGAGUCGCCCGAGGAGCUCUACUGGAUGCUCGAACUCAUGAACCAGCACCCGACGCUGCGCCAUCUUGCCGAAACCCACCCGGUCUUCCUGCUUCAAAAAUGCCGUCUCUUCUUGCGUGCAGGCAACGCUGUCGCCGCACAUGCCGUCAUCUCGCCGCUUGUCGACUACCCAGACGACGGCUUGUCGGCCCAGACAUUCAAAUCGAUUUUGCUUGGGUUCUGGAAGCUGCGCAGACACGACCUCGUCGACGACCUGUUUGAGCGGGCCUUGAGACAGCAGCAGAUGCCCGGCCUCGUCGACCAGGGGCUGUGUGAAAAGUAUGUCACCAAGAGUUUGGCGAUAUCCCGCCUGGACGAAGCCCUCCGCCGGGUUGCCAUUAUCCACAGCCACGACGCAACCCUCAGCAGCCGGUUCUGCCAAGAGUUGUGGACCCGUGUAAUUGCUGCUGGGGAUCUCGCAGGUGUCCAGCGCCUGCUCGACUCGGGCAUCCACCGGAGCAGCCCCGUCAGCAGCACAAUCCGCGAUGCCAUCGCUGCCCGAUUUCACCAGGACCCGGGCUUUGAUUCUGUUCAAGAAAAGCUAGCGCUGAUUCAGUCCGCUCAAGUUGAACCUGUACUGUCACUCACACAAGCAGCGCCGCUUCUCAGCAGCCCCACAGGUCCUGUCGCUUCCAUGCAGCAGCGUAUCCCAUCCAUACAACUCUACAUCGACGCCCUUGAAUCUGGCAACCACGCAGCUGCGCUCGAGAUUUUGCUGAAGCGACUUGCCAGUGGCCAGAGGCUUUCGGCCAAGGAUAACUACUUCAUCCUUCUCGAUCGUGGCGACGGCCCCUCCUUUUUCGACUCGAUUGUCCAAGCGGGCCAGAUCCAGAGCAUACUGCCGCAGAUGGUUGCCGGCCAAAGCUUCCCAAGCCCGCGUUCCCGUACGGCGUUCCAGUUCUCGGUCAACGCCCAUGUGAGCAAGCACAACGGAUCGAGGGAAAUCGUCCAGGGCCUUCUGUCGCUCCCGCACUUUGUGCCUUCGUCUGCGACCAAGAUUCAGCUCAUUCGACACCACUUGCUCUUUGGAGAAUGCGAUCGCGCCGAGAGCAUCUUUGCCUCCCUCAAGGGCGACGCGGGAGUGCCAUGGCCAGUGAUCUACAUCAUGAUGGUCGCCUACUAUGCGAAAUCGGGCAACCUCGAGCGCGUGGAUCAGCUUGUGGAGCUUAUAAAGCGCAACGACAGCGGCGCAAGUCGGGACCAGCUACUGAGAGCCUACACCUCGGCCUUGCGAGCCUACGUUGAGCACGGCAACCCAGCCUCAGCCUUGUCGUUCUUUGAUCGCCACUGGAAGCCCACCAAUGGACCCAAGCUUCCGGUCGAUGCCGCCGUCUGUAAGGCCCUGGCCAUCGCCCACAGCAAGGCCGGAAACAAAAAACUGGCGCUUGAGUGGCUCGAUAGACUCGCCAAGGCCCUCAAGUCGGAGCACAGCCACUCUUCGUUCCGCGUUGAUGGCUAUGGCGAAGUCAUCUCGGCUGUGCUCCACAUGGGCGACUUCAAGACGGCGCGGUCGCUGCUGGAUCGUAUGGUCAUGCGCUUCAGCCGUCUGGUUCAGCUGACGGAUGCCAACAGUCCGAUCCGGAAGGAACAAAAGUCGCUGAUGGAGAAAGCAUACAAGACCAUGGUCUACUCCUAUGCCGAGGAGGGCCGCCUCUCGAGCAUGAUGCUUGCUAUCAACGAUAUGCGGCGUCUGGACAUCCCCGUCGACGGCCAAGUUGUCGCAAGCCGGCUGCGAUGCUUGGUCCGCAUCCACGACCUCCCGGCCGCACAAAGGAUCUUUGCUGAAGCCAUGAGCCACGACAGCAACACCCGGGAGACAUACGGCCCGGACAUGAUCGUGCUGCUCAUGAAGGGGUAUGCCGAGACCCGGAAUAUCGCUGGCAUGGUCCAGUGCACCCAGUCGAUUGGCGCCUUGGACAUUCCGCUCACACCGCGCGUGCACUGGGUCUACCUCACCUCGCUCUUCGACAGCCGCGAUCCCAGGCUGGUGAGCCUGGCGGCGGAGUGGAUCCGUGCCCACAAUCUGACGAGCCGUGUCGACCAGCCCGAGAUCGGCGCAACGUUGAUCUCCUUCUACGGCCAGCGCGGCGAGAUGGACCGCGCCAAGACAACCUUUGACGCCUUCUACGCCGCUCAGAAGAAGCUGGCCAAAGUGCGGAGCACGUAUGAAGCACGCCUGGAGCUGUAUACGGCGUUGAUAUGCGCUCACGGAAACAACGGCGACACGGCGACGAUGCAGGCGCUGUUCAGGGAGAUGGUUCGACAGGAAGGGCUGCGGCCCAACGACGUCAUGUUCCUCAGCAUCAUGAAGACCUACAGCCACACGCAAAACCAUUCGCCUGCCGAAAUCAGCAUGUGGAUCCAGCAAUACCAGGAGCUCGGUAUCCCCGUUACUGACCUCCACUGGGCCGGGCUGCUGGACGCACAGCAGCGCUCCGGGAACUGGUCAGAUGCACUCGAGACUUGGGAGGACAAGCUUCGACCCGACCACACCCGCUCCUCCACAGCCCUGUCGUUUGCAUGCGCUGCGGUGCUCGACGGCUGCGGCUUCCACUCUGAUAUGGCUUCGCUUCGGAGGAUAUGGACACAGAUUGUCAGCGGCCGCCUCGGCAGCAUCGAGCUCAAUACCUUCCACUCGUACGUGGAGGCGCUGGGGAGGAUGGGCCAUCACGAUGAAGCCAUCUCGGCCCUCUUCCAGAUCGAGUCGCUGACCGGGACUGUCCCGAACCACAAGACACUUCGGACCAUCUUGGGCCCUUUGAGCGAGCCCCGGCGCUCCGAGUGCCAAAGUCGGACCCUGGCACAGUGGCCGCAUCUGGACCAAAAUAGAAAAGCAGGCAGCAGACCAAGUCGCUGAUUGCUGGGGACGAGCAGGGUGGGAUGGAUUAUGAAAAACAACAACACAGAUCGUUUCCAUG